ACUAAACUCCUUCGAAAAAUACUACCUAGCUCCAUUUUUGGUUUCAAGACUGAAAGACUUCACUCCUGCAGCCACGAAUUCGGGAUUAGGGUUGGUUCUCAUCUUCUAUUCUCUUACACCAGGACUAUAAUGCUGAUUUUAUGAUCCAGUUGAUAGAAGAAUAUAUAAAACUUCUCUAAAAAUUUCUCUCUGCCGCGCCACGAGGAAACCAUCACAGCACCACCGUUGCAGCUUCAUCGAUGACGUCCGAAGAGCGAGAAGAUCAAGGUGACUCUAGUUUACCAGAGAUAGGAAAUGCAGAUAUAAUCAUAUUAAAUGAUGAAAAAGCCGAAUCUCAGAAAAAGAAACGGAAGAAACUAUUGUUAAAAGAAGCUAAGCAGGCACGGAACCAUGGAGUUUGUUAUAUGAGUAGGAUACCUCCUCAAAUGGACCCAGUAAAGCUACGCCAAGUUCUUUCUCAGUAUGGAGAAAUUGAUAGGAUUUACCUUGUGCCUGAAACGAAGCAGUUACCUCAGCAAGUAAAUCGCAAGAAAGCUGGUGAUUUUCGAGGUCAAGGCUUUUCAGAAGGGUGGGUUGAAUUUACGAAUAAAAGAGUUGCAAAGAGGAUUGCGGAAAUGUUAAAUGGGGAACAAAUGGGUGGGAGGAAAAAAUCAUCGUUCUUUUAUGACACAUGGAAUAUCAAGUAUCUAAGUAAAUUUAAGUGGGAGGAUCUUACGGAAGAAAUCGCUUACAAGCAUGCUCUUAGGGAGCAGAAAUUAACUUUGGAAAUAUCUGCUGCCAAGAGGGAACGGAAUUUCUACAUGGACAAGGUUGAUAAGUCUAAAGGCCUGACUGCCAUACAAGAACGGAUGAAAAAGAAGCAGAAGGUCCAAGAACAAGGCUCGGAGAUAAAUUCAGAUCCCCAAGUGGAUCAUCAAGAACCAAAAGUAAUUCGCCAAUUCCAACAGACAAGGCCAGUUAAGGAUGAUUCAGCCCAGACCAAACUUCGAAUGUCUAGAGAUGUCUUGGCCGGGGUAUUUGGUGGAAAAUGAUCACCACCUGCUACACCAGGCCUGGUUCUGGACCCUACUGAAGGUCCAGAGUGUUGUACGACCCAACUUUUGCAUUUUUUGUUUUCAUGAAAAACUUAUUGUAUUAAUAUUAGUGAGAUGUAUUGAAUCAAUUUACUGAUGGAUUGAUAAACCUAUGAGACUCGUUCCAAACGGGUACUCCCUCCGUCCCACUAUUAAUUGACCUAGUACAAUUUUGAAAUGAUUUCUCUCAAACUGUACUACGGAUAUUUAUAAAUUUAUAUCAUUGAAAAGCAUUUUAAAACA